ACCAAAAUGGCGGCCGCAGUUGGAGAAGAUUUUCGUAAUCUUUAAAAAGUGUCUCAUUUUGGUUUGAAAUUUCGUCUUUUUCCACCCUUGAGGAUAGGAAUCAUGAUAAGUUGCGCGCGUUUGGCAUCAAUUGGGUCCGGUAUGUCGAGGUAUAGCUCUUUAUUGCGUCCUGCUUCAACGAUUUCUCGUGUCAUGUCAAGUCACGUGCAAGGAAGAAAGACUAUCAUAACAAAAAUACAGUCUUCAAAUAUGUCCCAAGGCAUUAAUGAUCCUAACAACCACAAUUGGAACUUAGUUUAUGAAGGGCCACUCUCCAAAUCAGUCAAAUAUGUCAAAGGUUUCUCUUUGACUACGGCUGCUGCCUCCAUCGCUGGUUCUCCAAUCCUGGUCUACUUUGGCAAACAAAGUGUCCCUAUUGUCGGCAAACUGGCCAUUGCUGGAUUGCUCUGUAUUAUUGGUAACUCAACGACCGUUCUUUUGCAUUGGUUCUCUAAAGCUUAUGUCCAUAAGAUGUACUAUGAUUCAACGCGUCAAGUUUUCUCUGCAGAGACUUCUUCGUUUCUGGGUAGACUACAAAGAACAGAUUUUGAGGUGAAGGAUAUUAUCUUCCCUCAGGAAGAGAGUGCAUUUUCGACAUUCGAAGCAAAGGGAAAGAAAUUUUUUCUUCAUCAAGAAAUGGUUGAAGCGCAACAAGUUUUACAUUUCCUUCGUGAAGCACAGAUGUAGGGUGGAAAAAAUGUUGUGAAGCACAUAACAGAUGUAAAAAAAAAACUGUUAUUGACUCUUGCUUAGGGACCGUUCAUUAUUUAACUGGGUGAGGGGGCUGGGUGAGAAAAGGAGGGGCCUCAAAAUUUUUUCAUGUAAAAAAGGAGGGGCCCUGGAAUUUGUUAAUGGAUUUAAGGGAGGGGACUUGAAAUUUCAGGUGAAGGUCUAAAGAUAGUGAAGGGGGGUCUUGAAAAAGAUAACUUUCUUUGUUGGGGGGCCCCUAAAAAGAUGGGCGCCUUUUCCAAUUUCUCACCAAGCCCCCUCCCCCAGUUAAAUAAUGAACGGUCCCUUAGGUGCAAGAGGAGGUGAGGCAAAUAGAGACACAAUGCAAAAUGUAACUCCUGAGCACCCCACCCCAGCCUCAUACCUCCAAAUUUUUUUUUCCAAUUUUCUUUACGAUCUUACCUAAAACUCCUGGCAUGAAUAGUCCUCCGUAGGCCAAGUUCACAUGUUCGAUUUUUAGGUACCAAACUUAUUUAGAUCAAACUUAAUAUCUAAAAUGGUUGUAAUUUUGUACAAAAUAUGAACAAUAAAGAGCUGAAGACAUCGAGAA